GCGAUUGGUUCGGUCUGGGUCCAACAUGGCGGCCAACGCGACCACCAACCCCUCACAGCUCUUGCCGCUCGAGCUCGUAGACAAAUGCAUAGGUUCACGCAUACAUAUUGUGAUGAAGAGUGACAAAGAAAUCGUUGGAACGCUUCUAGGAUUUGAUGACUUCGUCAAUAUGGUGUUAGAAGAUGUUACAGAAUUUGAGAUUACACCUGAGGGCAGAAGAAUCACAAAGCUAGACCAGAUUUUGCUAAAUGGAAACAACAUCACAAUGCUGGUUCCUGGAGGAGAAGGACCUGAAGUAUAAAUUAAUACAGUUGUCAUCUAUGAAGACACAUGGGAAAAGUAUGAAGAGAGCUUUUGGCUUGUGGAUGUGUUUUGGUUGUGGGUUGUUUGUUUUGUUUGCACACUCUUGCAGUUGACAUUUGAUAGAGGACAAGGAUUUCCUCUUCAGGAAAGGUGCAUUGCUAAUGAUACUUGUGACUUUGUGUGUUAAAAUCCUGACUGUCCUGUAAAGACUUUGAUCUGUUCUGAAUAAAAGACACUCUUUUUUUACUGUGUUCUGUUACCUAAGUGCUCAAGUGAAGUAGUUUUAGUGCUGGUUAAUUGAAUGGGAAAAAAAUAAUUACGUUUCAGUUGCUGUCAUUCUUCAGUUUUUCUACAUCUGUUGUAUUCAUGUCUUGUGUCUAUAUAAAACACAAGUCAUGAGCUGAGAGAUUGCUGUUCUUUGGAGUACAGGCAGAUGCUAAGCUGGAUCAUUUAUUUAAACACUGCUUCAGACUGUGUCACCAGAAACCAUGUGGUAGAGUGCUGUAGAAUUCUGAAAGCUCUUCAAAGUGGAGCAGUCCUGAUGCUCAGCAACCUUUGGUUCUGCUGUCCUUGAGGUUCAUCUCUCUUGGGCUUUUGCUUGGUAGAUACAUAUUCUCACAGUAAAGGCACUGUAAUGGUAUUUAGCAAGUGAG